GCCGAGGCGCCGAGCACCGGAUGAACCCGCUCGGCCGGUGCCCGUCGCGGCUGGCAGGGGCGCCGAUGGGCCCGGAGCAGAGCCCAGUGACUUUCAAGGACGUGGCUGUGUACUUCUCCGAGGAGGAGUGGGGGCUCCUUGACGCCACCCAGAGGUGCCUGUACCACAGUGUUAUGCUGGAGAACUUGGAGCUCACGACCUCCCUUGGUUGUCGGCAUGGAGGAGAAGAUAAUGACAACUGUUCCAGACAGACCGAUUCUGAGGAAAGGGUGUCACAGGUCAAGAUUUCCACCCAGGAGGCUGAUCACUGUGACACGUGUGGCCCACUCUUGAACGAUGUGUUUUACCUGGGUGAGUAUCAAGGAGCACAUUCUGAGGAGAAAUCGCACACAUGUGAAACAUGCGGGAGAGAAUUUUGGUUUGGUGCAAACUUUCACCAGCACCGCGAGGAGCCUAACGGAGAGAAACCCUUCACAGGGGAUGAGAAUAGGAACUCACUUGUGAAGAGCCCCAGAGUCCUGUCAGAGAAACCCCUCACUGAUGGACAAGAUAGGGCUGCCUCAGGUAGCCAUGUCCUCCUCCAGCACCUGGCCGUUGACGGCAGCGUGAGUCCACACGGGAGCACUGAGUGCAGGGAUGCCCUCCCAAACAGUUCUGAUCUCACGGAGCUCCAAGAAGUUCUUAAUACACAGAAUCUCCUCAAGUUCAGUGACUGUGGAAACCCUUUCCAGGAGGACUCUGCACUCCUUAGCCACCUGAGAACUCAUUCUGAAGAAAUACUAUUUGGAUGUCCAACAGCUGGAAGCACCUUAGAGGAUGAAUCAACCCGUGUUCAUCACACAUUUCAUGCUGAAGAAGUGUCCCUGGUGUGUGGGAAUGCUUUUAGUGAUCCCUCUAAACUGAGAAAACACCAGAAGUUCCACAUUGGAUUAAAGUAUUAUGAGUGCGGCGAAUGUGGGAAAACCUUCAAUAACAGGUCACACCUUGCUCGGCAUGAGAAAGUUCACACGGGAGAACGGCCAUUUGAGUGCAACAAAUGUGGAAAGGCCUUCAGCCAGCGCUCUAAUUUCCUUCGGCAUCAGAAAGUUCACAGCCAGGUAAGGCCUUAUGAGUGCAGCGAGUGUGGUAAAGCCUUCAGCCGCAGCUCUGCCCUCAUUCAGCACUGGAGAGUUCACACUGGAGAACGGCCUUAUGAGUGCAGCGAGUGUGGAAGAGCUUUUAACAAUAACUACAACCUUGCUCAGCACCAGAAAGUUCACACUGGAGAACGGUCCUUUGAGUGCAGCGAGUGCGGAAGAGAUUUUAGCCAAAGCUCCCACCUCCUCCGACAUCAGAAAGUUCACACAGGAGAAAGGCCUUUUGGAUGCAGUGAAUGUGGUAAAGCCUUCAGCAAUAGCUCCACCCUCAUCAAGCACCAGAAAGUACAUACCGGACAUAGGCCUUUUGAGUGCAGUGAAUGCAGAAAAGCCUUCAGCCGCAGCUCCAGCCUGAUCGAGCACUGGCGAAUUCAUACCGGAGAGAGGCCCUAUGAGUGCAACGCCUGUGGGAAAGCCUUUGCUCACAGCUCCAGUCUGAUCCAGCACUGGCGAAUUCAUACCGGAGAGAGGCCCUAUGAGUGCAACGUCUGUGGGAAAGCCUUUGCUCACAGCUCCAGUCUGACUGAGCACUGCAGAGUCCACACAACACAAAGGCCUUAUGAGUGCACUGAGUGUGGGAAAUUCUUUAGCCAAAGCUCCAUUCUCAUUAAACAUCAGAAAGUUCACACCGGAGAAAGACCUUACGAGUGCAGUGAGUGUGGGAAAUUCUUUAGCAGAAAGUCCAGCCUCAUCUAUCACUGGAGAGUUCACACUGGAGAAAAGCCUUAUGAGUGCAGUGAAUGUGGGAGAGCCUUCAGCAGCAAUUCCCACCUAGUUCGCCACCAGAGAGUUCACACACAGGAAAGGCCCUAUGGGUGCAGCGAAUGUGGAAAAGCCUUUAGUGAAAGGUCCACACUCAUCCGACACCAGACAGUUCACAGCAAAGAAAGGACUUACGAGUGCAGACACUGUGGGAAAAAUUUCAGCCGCCUUUGCAACCUUGCUCAGCAUACAAAGAUUCAUACUUGAGUGAAGCCUCAUGGAAAUAGUCUUUGGCCGCACACAACACCCACAGCGAUAUUCCCUACACGCAUCGCCGAUGUAGAGAAACCUUCAGAAACUCUUCUGCCCUUUCGGGGCAACCGGGACCUUGAGCACAAACCUCUUUCCAGAGCAUCUAGAUCCAAGCAUCUGCAGCCGGCCUCCCCACAAGGCCCAAGGCCUCCCCUCCCCUUUCCUGUAGGAAACCAGUAUUGCCCAGACCCUUGCUCGCUGCCUCGGGGGAUGAACUCACCCCACGCUGGUCGAGGGGCCUUGGGGUUCUCUGGUUGGGACUUUGGGGAGAUGGAUGUUCAUCGUGGAAGUGGUUGAUUCUGCAUAUAACCUCAGAUGUGUGGCCAGUGGGCCCAGAAGCCACUCCCUCCUGGCACCACUACGUGGUUCUGUACUGUAUAAUAAAGACCUGAUUUGUCAAGUCACCUUCAAGCUUGGGGGUGGGGGUGUGACAGGUUACAGGAAAUGGGUGGGCUGGGGAGUGACUGGGAGGGAGCCCGCAGGUCUGCCUCAGUGUAGUAGGAACGCCUGUUGGUUUGUGCUUACCUGGCACUAGUAUCUGAAGGGCUCGAUUCAGUGAUGUGAGCAGCUUGACUUUCAAGUCCUUGAGUGCCCAGAGCGCCCCUGAGGAAGGAAGAAAUUCAUCUGCAACACUACUGCUGAGCCGGGGGCAAGUUCCUAAUCUCAGGCAGAAGUCUGGGUUUCUAGAUCUACGUUAGGAGAAGCUGCCUUCUUGUGCCUAAUGAGGAGACUGCACACUCGCAGGUCACACGGGCCCGUGGGCACUGUAUGUGGAUGAACGCUAGAGGGGAUGUAAUAGGGGGCGGGGACACAGGCCAUCCCACAUAGGUGCAGCCCCUGUUCUGCAUCAGUGUGUCCGGUAAGAGUAUCCAGAGCCCCUCAAGAGCUGAGGCCACAAUCAAAGCAAAUUCACCUCCCCUCCAGCUGCAUCUGGCACCCAUCACCCUUGGCAGGAACUCGGGCAGAGACAUAACCUGUCAUCCAAGGAAGGGGCUUCUGUAACCUGAGGAGGAUUUCUGGUCAAUCAGCAGAUGUCUCUGGCUUCACAGUCUUGCUGCCCAGCACACAAAUGGACACAGGGUGCCGGUUUCAAUACACAGUCGCCAGGUCUGGGACUUCAGAAGGUUAAGGUUCGGAAUCUUGUGUAAUGUGUUUAUCGCCUAUUUAAAAAAAACUCAAUUACUGUGUUAGGUCAGCGCAAUCUACAUGAGUGCAUUGUGUAGCAGAUAUGUUUGCUCUGUAUUUCUGAAACCCCAAAUUUGUUAAAAUUGUAUGAAUGGUGUGUUCACAAAGAGAAAUCGGCUAAGAAGUACUGAAACUCCAUUCGCUUCACUUUCUCUUGGUCUUGUAAAAAGCAAGUUACUUUGGUUGAAGGAGAUCAUGAAGACAAAUAGGUGACUGUCCUGAUAAUUACAGGGAAAGGCAGAUAUGCAUAUGGGAUGAUGGAAGAGAUUUGCAUUUCUUUUAAGGACAUUAGAAUUCACAGAGAUGGUGAAUUUAAUACAUUAUUUCAUUUUUUUACAGAUUAUGCUUACAAGAACUGGAGUGCGGGACAGAUGUGGAGGGGGGAGGGUUCACCAGAGACAGAGUGGGGAGCGGAACAGGUGGAUCCACGGAAAUGCGCUGCUGAGGGGAGCAGCGGGGAGAUGGAAGUGUGUUGCGCCCGGUGGGUCAGCUCCUUGGAUGGGGAUGAGACUUAGGCCUCAGCAGUGAUAGUGCUGACAAUUAACCCCUAGGUCACCAGGGAGGCCCUGGAACUAUUUAUCUUUAGGUAUUUAUUACUUACCUCAUGUCCCCUCUAUUGACUGAACUUUAUUUUGCCGUUCUUAAAUUUGGGCCUGGAACUCAAAUAGUGAAAUCGUUCAGAUCCCUUUUAGUCUCUUCUGACUUUGGGUUUUGGCUAAAUGGCUAUUAAUCAAUAAAGGAUUUCUUAUUUUUUACGCAAAAGCUAACAUAAUUUUCUCAUUUUCUAUCACUGACAUAAAUUUUAAUUUUUUCCAGUGCAACCAAAAUUCUCCCAGUAUCCUCCAAAAUUUGAACUUCCAUUUCUGAAUGAAAAAUACUUUCUGGGGGCCUCCCCUGGUGGCGCAGCGGUUGAGCACUGGUCUGCAAAGUGGCCCGCAGCCUCUGCAGCGCCAGUUCGAUCCCCGGGCUGCCGGCGAGGGUCCCCCAUGGCGUGACAGGCCUCUCCUGUUGCGCCCACUGCUCCCCUCAGCAGUGUCCUUCGGUCCUUCUGCCUGCUCUGCUCCCCGCUCUGGCUCUGGUGAAUUCUGUCACCCUCCCGCACUUCUGACUGUACCCAGUGCUUGUAUAAACAAAUAAAUAAAUCUUUAAGGAAAAAAAAAAAAAAACUUUCUGGGCCUCCCUGGUGGCACAAGAGUCUCAGCACUAUGACACUAUCUGCAGCCACUGCAGCAUGAGUUCAAUCCCCAGCCAGGGAGCUACCCAGAGGGCACAGCAGACCUCUUCACAGCCAGAGGUGUUGGGGAUGGGGGUUGCGAGAGGUCCAGAGACAGAGUGGGGAACAGAACAAGCGCAUCUACUGAAAUCCACUGCUGAGGGGAGCAGCGGGGAGACAGGAGAGGUCUGCCGCACCAUGUGGGUCAGCUGCCUGGAGGGGAUCAAACUCAGGCCACUGCCAAUAGCUUUCAGAGUGCUGAGACUUAACCCCUUGCACCACCAGGGAGACCCCUAGUUUACCCUUUUUUAGUUCAGACUUUGCCAAAGCGAAAUACUCCCAACACCAGUAUUUGCUCUCAAACCUUCAUCCGUGGCACCAGCUCCUACAUCACAAAGUAUUCUGCAGCUAAGCCAGUACAUGCAGCUUCUCUUCCAUAAUACCAGAAGUAAGAGCUGUCUGAAGAUUGGUCUUCACAAAGGCUCUCUCGUAGAUGGAGACAGACAGGUAAUGUGCCAGUCACAGCCUGCUGCCUGCACGGACCCCUUAGGACAGUAGUUUGCUUUCAGAGGUGGAUAAAGCAGAACUGCACAUGCCCGCUUGCCGGCUGAGGUACCAAGCUCACAGCAGGCAUGGCAGAGGGACCGAGGCGGCAGCAUGAACACAAGCCAGGGCCUGCUGGGUGGACUCCUGAGAACAGGCAGGGCAGAAAGACAGGCUGCAACGAGUUGCCGGCGUUGGCUUCCGCGGUGGGGUUUGGGCUGAGAGUGAAGGAGAGUGAUCUCCCUCCACACUACUGUUCUGCGCAGGUCAAGGCUCACAAGGGCCAGGGUUUGCUGAGGAUGUCCCACCAUCACCAGGAGACCUUAGCCUCCGCCUCCACUCCAGCAGGUUUGCUGCUGUACACAAGGACCCGGUGGGAGACCAGAAGGUCGUUCAGGCCAAGUCAGAGGACCCUUUCGCCAUGUGCCUUGGGCCAUUUUGUGAGCUGUGACCCUGCAAGGGCACAAAGGAGUCAGCUCUGAUGACCAACAUCUGCCCUGCCCCAGCUGCUUGGAGACCUGAGCCUUACCUGGCUCAACUGAACCGAGCUCAGACCCUCACUGAGGCAGACAGUGAUUACACCAAGGGAGGAGGUGCUGAGCCAGCCUGUGUGGGCCUGUACCUUAUGGUGUUGGGGAGAAAGUGAGCAGACGGGGUGCAAACUCCC